AUGAGUCUUUUGCUUUUCGCUUACUAUUUUUGCAACGACAUACGCUCUUUUCAGACGCUAUUAAGACAAAAUGAUAUAAAACCACGAGAGCCAAGAAAGGGCUUGUCGGAAAAAAGCCCUUCAACCUUGAAUGUAAAUACUAAAGAUCGUUAUGGACGCACCGUUCUUCAUAUAGCCGCAUUCGAGAAGAAAAACAAUUUUGUUCGAGCCUUGUUGCAACAUAAAAAUAUAGACGUGCUCAUUCAAGAUGAAGAAUCCGGUUAUACUGCUUUACACCGUGCUAUUUAUGCAGGAAAUCUUGAAGCUGCUUCCUUAUUACUCACAAAAGAGCCUUCUAUUCUUUUAAAAGUGAAGGAUCAUGAAGGACUAUCUCCUUUUCAAUUACUGUAUAGAGUAUAUUCUUGGACUCAUCCGCAAAAUAGUUUUCCAAUUUUAGGAAACGAGCUUUACAGUCUUGGGAACAAUGAAAAUAGUAUUCUCGGCUUUACGGUUUCAGGAAGUCAAGAUAUGGCUAAAAGAGUGUUUCUGUACCGUAAGCAAACACCCAACUCAUCAGCUGGUCAACUCUUUCAUCCAGACAAAAUAAUUGACAUUCAGUCUUCAAAAUUUCAUACUCUGGUUGCCACAGAUGAGCCGAGUCCAAAUGUAUAUUCUUGUGGUAUUGGAGCCGGUGGUAGACUCGGUUUUAGAAAAGAUGCCCAAUACACUUUUACUCCUGUGUCAGACUUACCGUACAAAGUGGUGCAAAUAUCUGUAAGUCAAAAUCAUUCUCUCGCCUUAACAGAUUUUGGAAAUGUCUAUGCUUGGGGAUUGAAUACCUUUUCUGCUCUAGGAUGUAACGUGGAUAGUUCGAAGAAAGAAGAUUUUAUUCAAGUGUCCCCCAAACGAAUCUCUGCAUUUAAGGACUUGAACAUUGUUGGGGUUGUCGCAGGUGACACUUAUAGUGCUGCCUGGACGCAUUCUGAUUUAUAUACUUGGGGCCAAAAUGAAGGACAGCUUGGCCAUCCGGACGAUUCUUUUAUAAUAUCUACUCCACGUCGAGUAGCCGGUAUAACUUCCCCUGUGGUUAAGGCGACUUGUAAUUCACAUAGUCUUAUAUUAUUGUUGGACAACAACACAGUGUUAAUUCUGUCAAACUAUGUGCAAAUGAAGGUGCCCGUGGCUAUAGAUAUAGAAAGUCCACUUACCUUUACUAAACACCCUUUAUCUCUAUCACGCUUUAAUAUUAGAAAAGUCGAGGCUUGCGAGGAUAAUUUGGCAAUACUUACUGAACAAGGAGAGGUGUUUGUUGUUGAUCUAAUGCCUUUGCGAUCCAUUAGAGAACAAAAGCAAGGUUCCUUAUCUACAAAAAUAAAUAGCAAGAGUUCUUUUAAAAUCACUUCAUUUUGGUCGGUAUUGUCACCAGAGAAUGCAGCAAUUGAUGUUGCUUGGGCUGAUAGUAAUAGUCUUUUGUUAUGCCUGAAAAACGGCACGUGUUGGAUUCGUCAAAUUCGUUCUAAGAAACGUGAAAAGGCAUCUUUAAAGCAGAGUACUAAGGGAAUCUACAAAUACUCUUGUAUCGAAAAUAUACAAAUGAUAACGAAUGUUCGAACGAACGGUUCCGGAGGAAUUUUUACAAUUAGAAAUGAUUAUCGUCCUCCCCAUAUCCUUUUUACCAUCCCCGAGCUGAAUGAUGUAUUCACUUCUCUUCUUCCAUAUAGAAAUAUCUUGCAUAAAAGGAAUCCCACUCUUAAAGCAGCAGAAGACGAAGAUAGCCCACCAUAUUAUGAUGACGACCGUGAUCCCACGGAAGAUGAGAUGCGAAUUCUUUUUUUUAAUCCAGGAAUAAUAGUCAAUAGUUAUAGCAACUAUAAGAGUUCGUCAGCUGAUGUGUGUUUACGAUGCGUUAAUGAGAUUUUCUGGUGUCAUGAAUUUCUUUUAUCGGCCCGUUCUCCUGUUCUUCGACAAAUACUUUGUACUAAUAGAAACGCCAAAAAGGCAUAUUUGGAAUAUCGAGUUGAUGAAAAAGGGGAACCUACUCUGGUUAUUAAUGAUGUAUCUGCUUUGAGCGUCGCUGUGCUUUUGCAUUAUCUUUAUUCAGAUUCUCUUCUUCAACCCUGGAAGUGUGACUCAAGAUUAAUGUAUCUUAAAGAAGAGUUACUAAAACUUAGCAGGAUUUUAGACUUACCUCACUUGCAUGAGGUUUUACCAUUUACAGCUCCUCGUCAGCCUGUAAUGUCAUUAGCCAAAGACAUAAAUUCUCUCUUUAUGAACAAGACUGCCUUCGAACAUUCAUGUGAUACGAUUGUAAAAUUAGAGGAUGGAGAACUAAAAGCGAAUAGUUUAUUGUUGAGAAUUCACAGUGAUUUCUUUGAUUCAUUUUUCUUGUUUUUGGACGGACAAGUGCAUUCCAAAUCUGAAUAUUAUAUAGUCAAUUUACCUGAUAAGAGUCUUUUCCAUUUUGGACUCAUUCUUCGUCAUAUAUAUGGAAGUGGAGACUUGGAGAUUCUCAAUGAUAUUAAGGACUAUGAUUUCUACAGUUGGCUGGAGACGAUGACAGUUAUGCUGAGUAUAUCUGAUGAGCUUCUAUUUUUUCGACUGAAGGAAAUAUGUGAGCAAUCUUUGCUUCGAUUUUUGAAUUUGAAAACACUGAAUGAUAUGUUUGAGUUGUCUUCUUGUUACCAUGCAGAUUCGCUUUAUAACCGAUGCGUUGACUAUGCGUGUCAUAACAUAGGUUAUUUUUUGGAAAAAAAUCGAUUAAACGAAUGGGAAGCUAAACAUCUCGGCAAGGUUUCAAAACGCUUAGAAUUGGCUUUACAAGAGCAAAGUUCCCACACUCAACCCAAUAAGGUACUCAAUAAGCUGCUAUUUAGAAAUGCAAAGUAUUUAGAAGAAAAAGCAUAUGAAUUAAAAGUUCUGCGAGAGUUCCUCUUUUCAGGUGAAUCGACAGAGUUUUGGGAUAAAUCUCCUUAUCGGAUAAUCAAAGAAAAUGAUGUUGCUUUUUCCCAAAGCCGGCCACCGACAGUGGCUAACGACUUGUCUGAGCAAAUAGUUGGACCAGCCAGAAUUACUGAAGCUGAAACGAAGCAGGAGAAGAAAGAUGGUUUUGCAAGAAGAGAAAGCCCAGAAGUAUUGGAACAAUCCCAAGGGUUGUUGUCGUUUAAAGAUAAAAGCUUCACAUCACCAGGGACACCUAUUACCGAAAACACUAAUGGAGAACCUAUUAUCAAAGAGGAGGGUAUAAAAAGCUUCUUGAACACUGAACGAAAAGGUCCCUGGAACAGUACGCUAAAUAUAGUUGAAAAUGCUAAGAAACCUACGAAUCGUGCGAAUUUGAGAGAAUUACUUGAUGAAGCUAACGGUGUGGGUCAGUCUAUGCCAAACAACGAGUUUCGUGGUAUGAAGGGCGUAAUGAAAAAGUCGCAGAAAGAAAAGAAAAAGGAGUUAUCUAAGCAGCAACAGCCAAUUCGCAAGGGUGGUGUACACGGAUCAAACCCGGAACUCGUUGAAACAGCAGCGAACGCGUGGUCAAUGAGAAAACCUACGGCUCCUCCAUCUAAAAAACCAUUCAAUGGAAUUCUUCGAGAAGUAGCUAGCAAUGAAGCACCUUCCCAAAUAUUUUACAAAGAACCGAAAAGACGUAUAUCGAGUGGAUCUCCGUCUAGUUGGAAUACAUCAGGAAAACCUCCCAGUCAACCUUCAUCAUUGCCUAAGAGUGGAGCACAAACGAAUUCGUUGAUGGCGAUUAUGUAUGAGCAACAAGAAGAAAUAGAAGAGCGAAAAAAAAGGCUGGCAAACAGAAAACCGAUAGAGGAAAUACAACAGGAAGAAGAGUUUCAAAAAUGGUGGGAGGAAGAAAGUCGUAAAGUUCAGAAGGGACUAGGAAUCAAAAAAACAGAGGAGGAAGCGAAUGAAAACCCUUCUCGGAGACGAAGGCCAAAGAAAAACGACAAAAAGAACGUUUCGUCCACGAAUGAAUCAAAGUCUCAACCUAUAGAUAUUCCUCCGGCGAGUUUCAAAAAGGGUAAAAGCCGAGUAUAUCGGUGA